AUGGAGACGCUAAUUUCAUCGUUGGACUGCUUAAAAGACAGAGGCUACGAGUUUGCUGUGUUAGUUAAGCGCCCUGAUGCAGACGUCCAAGCUAUAUAUUCAGACUCUGUCGAUCCGGAAGCACAAUUGUUACUUGAGAACGCCAUGCGAGUGAUUCCAAGAACAACAACCUCCUUUUCGAUUGGAUGCCAGCGCAAUAAGCGCCAGCCGCCGCGAACUCAGCGCCUACUGUUGUCAGAUAAGACCCAAGUGGAUUUUUACUUCCAGAGCGUUUUUUGUGUUAUUAAUCAACAGCGAUGCAAGGCCAUCGCCAAGGCGUGGAUCAAGGUGGUGGAGCCUAAGAAGCAAUCCAAAUAUCCCUAUAUCAAAGGUGAAGCUUCCAAGCCAUCAUGGUGGCCAAGCGAUGUGGUGCAUCGUGGUUCGGACCACCUCAAAAAGCCCGAGCGGAUUCGGCUUUUAGUCGCAAUCCUCAGCCGGCAUCUUCCUUCACUUAACGAUAGUAAGCUCUUUCUCAAGCUGAAAAGGUCAACAAGCUCACUGCCGAUUUCUGAAGACCCGUACCAACAGUGGGCUUUAGAAGAUGCAUACAAUGUUUGCUGGGCCUUAUGUACUGGGCAAGAAGUUGUCACUGCACUUGACUUGAGCUAUGCAUUGCCUCAGGAGUUGGAUGAUGCUUCAAGAAAAAAGGGUGAUGGGUUCGAAGAGGCAUUUGCGCUCGACAAAGGUAAAUCAAUCAGUUUUGAGAAAUUUAGCAGACCAGGCAGCACGCCAUUAUCAAGCUCACGAAGCUCUUGUGGCGAGCAAAGCCUACAAAACAACGAAACUGCCCCAAUCUUUCCGGAUGCUUUAGAGUUUCCGACUUCUGAUGAAUCUGAGGAUAACGUGAAUACGAGGCCUUUUGCCCAGCAAGUUCUUGAGUUCCCCGAUCAUUUUUACUUGGACGAACUAGCUUCAAGUGUCCUAAAUCAAGAAGCAGUGUACGUUGGAAAUUCUCGGGUACCAUUCUGA